AUUCACCUGCAGAUCAUUGUACUGCCGCUGCAGAUGUCAGAUUGACCAUGUAGCCUUUCACAGUGUCGUGAAAAGCAAUUGGACAAAAAGUCAGCUCGGGUCGCGAGAUAGGAACUAAUAUUACUUACUUCAUGUUUCGCUGGGGAUGGACGUUUCAGUACACCGUUCAGCAAAACAUGACAACGAGACCCUUCUAAAAAGCAAACAUUUAUCAUUCAAUAAUAUAUUACAUAGCUAUCAGACUGGGUUAUGCAAUAAGCCACUUACGUCGGAAGUAUUCUCGUUCCUGGUAUUAGAUCAAAGAUUUAUGCAUUGUUGUAGCAAUAUUUUAAAAAAUUGUCUCGCCCGCAAUUUCAACAAUUCAACUCCUGGCAAUCAGAAAUGUCACAGGCGAGUCAGCACGGAAAAUGGACACUCUCCAGCAGCGAUGACGACAACGAUGACCCUCUCCCUUCUGCCUCAAACAACAACAGCCCUCUGUUGUUUGGCAGCCCCCCGCCUGACCAACACACAUAUUCAGAAUCUAACCACAACUCCCCCAAGAUAGGCUCCAACUUCCACCAACCCAAACAUGAUCCUGAUCCUCCACCUUCCAUAGAGGUGAAACCUGAACCUAAAUUUGACACAGUGACUGCUGCCCCCCCCCUCUCUAUUGGCUCUGAGGCCAGACAUGCAGCCCAGGCCAGCCAAUUGAAGCCAGUAAAGUAUGAAUCCAACCAAUCCAGCGCCUUUCUGGCUGGUAAGAGGAAGAAGGAUGAUGAUUCAAUUUCCGGCUGGGCUCUCUCAGACAGUGAUGAUGAUGAUGAUAAGGAUAAAGGUCAAAGUUCAGGACAGAAAGACCCGCCACCCAAGAGGUCGAACCCCAAGCUGAAGAAGGCAAAGGUGGAGGAAAGGCCUCCCAGCCCCCAUGGCAGAACCUACUACAUAGACGAACCAGAUGACUUCUUUGAGACUAGCGUGCCCCCUAUUAAUGACACAUACAGGUUCUACCUCAACAAGGUCACAGGGCUGGAGAAGAGGUACAACACUGGGGCUCUGCACAUCAAAGAAAUCCUCUCUCCUUUGUUCGGAACACUGAAGGAAUCUGUGCAGUUCAACUACUGCUUUGACAUUGCCUGGAUGUUGCAGCAGUACCCACCUGAGUUCAGAGACAAGCCUGUACUGAUUGUCCACGGAGACAAGAGAGAGGCCAAGGCCCGUCUGCUCCAGCAAGCCCAGCCCUACAGUCAAGUCCGAUUCUGCCAGGCCAAACUGGAUAUUGCUUUUGGAACACACCACACGAAGAUGAUGUUACUGUGGUACGAGGAAGGCUUCAGAGUGGUCAUCCUUACCUCCAACAUGAUCAGAGCAGACUGGUACCAGAAAACACAGGGGUUGUGGAUGAGUCCUCUGUAUUUACGGUUACCCAAGGGGAGUUCAGAGACAGCGGGGGAGUCUCCCACCCUUUUCAAGCGGGACCUCCUGGAGUACCUGGGGGCCUAUCGUGCCCCCGAAAUCACAGACUGGAUUCAGAGGAUCAGAGAGCAUGACCUGUCUGAGACCAGGGUGUAUCUGAUAGGUUCCACUCCAGGGAGGUACUUGGGCUCAGACAUGGAGAGGUGGGGUCACCUGAGGUUGAGAAAACUGUUGCGCGACCACACACGGCCCAUCCCUAACGAAGAGAAGUGGCCUGUCAUUGGUCAGUUCUCCAGCAUUGGCUCCAUGGGGUUGGACAAGACCAAGUGGCUGGCAGGGGAGUUCCAGCGCACUCUGACCACCCUGGGCAAAUCGUCUCUUCGCCCAGAUCCCCCCAUGCACUUGAUCUACCCGUCAGUGGACGAUGUGAGGACCAGUCUGGAGGGGUAUCCAGCCGGUGGCUCUCUACCCUACAGCAUCCAGACUGCCCAGAAACAAAUCUGGCUCCACAGCUACUUCCAUCGCUGGCAAGCUGAGACGACGGGGAGGAGUCACGCCAUGCCACACAUCAAGACCUACAUGAGGGCUUCGCCAGACUUCACACAACUAGCCUGGUUCCUUGUCACAAGUGCUAACUUGUCCAAAGCAGCGUGGGGGGCUCUGGAGAAGAACAACACGCAGGUGAUGGUCCGGUCAUACGAACUGGGAGUCCUCUAUGUGCCCUCUGCCUUCAGCAUGAGUACCUUUCCCGUCCAGAUGGACGUGUUUCCUGCCACCACUUCCUCUACCUCAUUUCCUGUGCCCUUCGACCUGCCACCCAAACGCUACUCGAGUAAAGAUCAGCCAUGGAUGUGGAACAUUCCCUACACCCAGGCUCCAGACACACACGGUAACAUCUGGGUCCCCUCCUGAACCACCACGCCAGACACACACACACACACGUUCCCUUAAACAUCCAGUUACCCGGACCCCUUGCCAGACCUUCCACAGUCUGCUCCUAUGGUGCACAGACAGGCUAAAUCAAAUGGAAUAGAGGACGAGACACUGUUACUCUCUCUCUCUCUCUCUGUCUGUCUCCCCUUCUCACUACCUGUCCAGUCCAACUCUGUCUCCUUAGUACAAUUAUAACUGUCUGUCAUCUCUCAUUCGUGUCAACCUUCUCCCUACCCUUCCUCCCUCCUUUUUUUCAUACUGUCUGUCUCUCACUUGUCUUCAGUAACUCUGACCUAAAGGCAUCUCUUACUUUCCAUUACCUGGUGCUAAAGUGAGGAGAUGACCUCCUCUCUCGCUUUUGUAUACUGGCCUCACUCUAGUGGCUGGCCAAACCUCCUGCAGAACUACUUUGUUUGCAGACUUUUGUUCCAGCCCUACUCAAACACGUUGGUAUUACAUUGUUUUGUUAUUGUAGCUAUUCAUUUAAUCAUGUACUGUAAGUUUCCUUUUUAAUAUGUGCAAAAAAAAUCACUCACCAUGUUUGUUAUUAAAAAUAAUUGUACAAAUCCCAA